AUGACUUCAACAGAGCAGCAGCCUGCACUUGCGACCACGAAGCGCAAGUUCCACAAGCUCCUGGAUAACCUCACCGCAAGCAACUCGACGACUUCUCUCGCGAGCACCCUUCAAGAGUCAAAUGCAUCGACCGCGUCGCUCUCCGCGCUUUCGGAACCAGACAGCCCUGAGCAUCCGAACAAGCGUCCGCGCAGCGCGAACCUGAGCAUGGAGCGCCAGAGAGGCAUAUCGGAAGGGCAGGAGCGCAUACGGCAGCUCAAGGAACAGCUUAUGACCCCACGGAGAGAAAAGACAAUCAAGGUUGUAGGCAAGACGGUAGUCACGCCGAAAGCCUCCACACCGCGCAAAGCACCCAACUUUCAGCCAUACAGCCAGGAACACUUCCUCGAGCGACUGAAGACGUUUGCAGACGUGCGGAAGUGGACGACCAAGCCAGAUGCGAUCAACGAGGUCGAGUGGGCGAAGCGGGGCUGGAGUUGCGAUAUCUGGAACACAGUAGCCUGCAAGGGUGGAUGCGAGAACCGCGUUGCGGUCAAGCUGAGACCGAAGCGGAGAGAUGCGAACGGAAAGGAUCUGGAGAUGAGCGAGGAUCUGGCUUUCGAUAUCGACGACGCGCUGAUAGAGCGAUACAAGGAUCUCAUUGUCGAGGGGCAUUCAGACGACUGCCUGUGGAGGAAGCGAGGGUGUCAAGGUAUGAGGAAACGCACAGUAGGACCGGUAACACAACUAAUAAUCGAAACAGAAGACAUCUACCACAUCCCCAUCGCAUCACGCACCAAGAGCUCAGCUGAACUCCUCGACCGAUACCGCUUCCUCAAAGCCAUAUCCGCCGACCUCCCCCUUCUCGAACACAUCACCUACCCCGACCCACCGAUCCAACAAAUCCUCUCCCGCAUUCCCUCCUCGUUCUUCACAUCCACCGGCACCCAACCCCCGCUCUCCCCCAGCGACACCGUAGCCUUCGUCUUCGCCCUCUUCGGCUGGACCGGCGUCUCCGAAUCGCGCAUCUCGCUCGCAGUAUGCAACCACUGUUUCCAGCGCCUAGGUCUGUGGCUGUCCUCCGCCACGCGCCUCACAGAGAUGAGCAAGAAACUAGACGUGCCCAUUGAAAGCCUACGCCUUAACCUCCUAGAGUCCCACCGCGAACACUGCCCCUGGAAGAACGCCGACGUCCAAGCCAACGAAAAAGACAGUCCAAUAGCCAACAUGCCCGCCUGGCAAACCCUCCAAUUCAUGCUGCUCGGUCGCCACAAAGACAUCCCCACCUCUGGCUCUGGCAUCCAGACCCCGUCUAAACAAACACCACGCAAAUCGCACCAGCAACACGCCAGGAACAACGAUAGCGUGGACGUUGGCAGCGAGCUCGAGUACCCGCGCGGCAGUUUCGAUAGCGUCGAGAGGCCGAAGGAUGUGGAUGAGGAUGAAGACGGCGGCCUGAGAGAGAAAUGGAGUAAACUCAAAGCGAAACUGAAGCGGAGUGCGAGUAAGAAGAGCUUGAAAAGUAUGAAGAGUGGGAAGAGUGUUAAGAGCGGGAAGAGUGUUGCGACGAAGGCGGGGGAUAAGGAGAAGUCUUAG